CUCAAAGUCGAACCUCAGCCUGCCUCCCUGGCCCUGAACCCGAUACCUUGCGAUACAUCGCCGACUCGGAUAUACUGCAGCAAGGGCAGAUAUGGACCUAUGACCGACGAGAAAAUCUAUGACGUUGGAAACACAACAGAUACCAGUACAUGCCUUGUUGUUUGAACCAUAAACCUCGUCGUGGACCGCAUUUACAACACCAUCGAGGCGGAUCGCCCCAUGUUCGCGACGAUACCCUGAAAAUCCGGGACUGGCUAUACGGGAUCGAUGCGAUUGGAUGCCUUGGGGUUGGGAACCCGAAAUUCGACUGCGGGACAACAUCGUACCUGGAUUAGGAGGUGUUACUUGCAACGCCCUCCUAUACCCUUGGCCACCCACCCUCGCGAGGUCGUCCUAGGUGCCCGGCUUGACCAGGGUACGCUGUUUGCAUAUAUGCAGUCUAAGAUCUUGAAGGUGGUGGAAGGAGAAAGCGACAGGAUAUACGCGAUGCUCGAGGAGGGACCGCGCUGGCUACCGGCUCCCAUGCAAAGUCGGCCUUCAGUGCGAGCUAAAUUAAGACCACGGCGGCCCCGUCGACUGUCGCUGAAUAUAGGUGCAGGUUAGUAUCUCUGUAUAGAUCCUCAAGAACGUCUCUCCGCGCGGUAGUGCUGCUCAAAUGCAUAUCUGUUAUAUAUAGUGCUUCUGUACUUGGGAUGCUCGUCAACUUCGACUCAAGUUAUUACUCGACCCGGUCGCCGAACAAAUCCAACUCGAGAACGCCCGUUAACUGCUGCCGGCGUUGGCUGAUGUCACGCUACACCGCCGUUCGAGGGCGCUGCGAUGAGAUCCAACAGGCAACACAAUCGAAGAUAUGCGAGUCUCAUUUGAGACGGCCCUCCUGC